AUGAAGACAAAAGAAAAAUCAAAAAAUAGGACUUAAUUUCAAUGCUAUACUAAGAAUUACUCUAUUGUAUUAUUCUUUUUGUUUUAAAUACUAAUUAGUAUAUUAGUAAUAACUUAUGAUGCAAGAAAUCAACUAUUAUCUGUAGUGAUCUGUUCAAUUCAUGGAUUUUUUGCUAUCUAAUAAUUAAUAUUGCCAAAAGAAAAAGCAAUCAUUUAUUAAUAAAUCUGUAUACUUUUGAGUAAAUUGGCAACCAUUAUAUUAAUAGUAGUUGUUGGAUCAGAUUUAGCAAUUUUAAUAAUAGCAUUAUUCGAGCGUUUAGAUUUAAUAUAAUCUCAGAAUAAUACAUUUAAAUAAUUUGAUUAGAUACUAUUACGAAUCAUUACUCUCAUUAUAAUGACAUUUGAUUUUAAUUUGUUUUUAACAAUAACACUUGUAUACACAAUAUUGAUUGAAAUAAAUAAAAUAAUAUUAGAUAGAUCUAAUGAAAAUAAAUAAAUACAAUUCAACAUUACUAGUAGUUAUCAAAAUACAAUUAGAACUACAGAUUAAGAAUGGAAUUAUCGUUUAAAUUAAAUUCCAUAAUGUUUAAUGGUUAUAAGUUUGACUACUCUAAAGGUUACAUAUAAAAAUAAUUAUCUUUACACCUAUUUUAAAUAGUGUUAUGAAAAUGAUGAUUAAUUAGAUGAAUUGAUAUUACAUAAAUUAUAAUUCAGUAUAAUAUAAGAUAAGAUAGAUAAAAUAAAGUAAUUAUUCUCAAAGCCUAAAAUGAACUAAAGGUAAACAAAGAAAUAAUAAAUAUGGAAUUAUAAAAGUGAUUCUAUUUCUCUUAAUUUAUCACCUUAGUAAAAAUAAGAAUAGUCUAAAAUUGGAGACUCUCUAGAAUUCUAAACAAUUAAUUAAUGUUCUAUUUUUGAAAUAUUAAACAAUUACAAAUAAAACAUUAUAUCAGAAUAGUUGAAUAAUAAUAAUCAUAUUGAGAUCUUUUCAGAUUAAAGUUGGUAAACAAUUACUAUAAACUAUAAUUAUUCUUUUUCGAAAUAAAAGUUAUAAUUAUUAGGUUAAAUCAUUUUUUCAGAAUAAGAAGGAGAAGUAUUGCUUACUCUUAUUGAUAUUUCAAAAUAAAAUGAAUUACAAGAAUUGAUUUCAAAUUCUGAAUUUAAAUCAAAGGUAUUUAUCAUUUAAAAUAUUAAUGAAGAUUAUAGAGUCUUUUUCUCAUGAAUUAAGAACUCCUUUGAAUAGUGCACUUAAUUUUCUUGUUUCUUGUCAAUAUGUCUAAGAAGUAUAAGAGUUUAUUAAAGAAGAUUAUAUAUUACCAGCAAUAAAUUCUUUAAAAUUACAAUCAUAUAUUAUUAGUGACAUAAUAGAUUUAUCAUAAAUUACAACAAAUAAUUUUAUUUUAUCUGUAAGAGAAUUUUCUAUAAGUGAAAUAUUAAAUGAGAUAAUCUUUUUAUUUAAAACUUAAUUUGAAAUGAAAAGAAUAGAAUUAAAGUUUAAUUUACUUGAAUGUACUACUUCUAAAUUUACAUCUGAUUAUGUAAGACUUAUUUAAAUUAUUGUUAAUCUCUUAUCAAAUUCAUUAAAAUUUUCAUCACAUGGUGUAGUCACAUUACAAAUAAUAACUACUUAUAAUCAUGGUCUAAAAAUAUGUGUUUCAGAUUAAGGUAUAGGAAUAGAGAGUGAUAAUCUUAAUUAAUUAUAAUCACUUCUAUAAAAUAUUGAACAUUUUAAAGAUAUUUAAUUAAAUAAAACUUGGUAAGGAUUUGGAUUAUUAAUUACUGCUAUUCUAAUUAAUUAAUUAGCACCAAAAGAAAAUAAAUUUUUAUAAAUUGAUUCAUCUGGUAAAUAAUAAGGUACAAAAAUUUGGUUUUAUGUUGAAAAUUAACGUAGAAUUGAAAGACCUAGAUAAAGCACAUUGAGAUAGAGUGUUUCUAGAUUUUAAAGUUCUCAUGAUGAAUAAUUAUUUAAUUUAGAUAUAAAUUGUGCCAUAUUUUAAGCAACAGAUUUUGGUAACAUAUAAUAAUCAAAUAAAUAUAAUUUGAAGAAAAAAGAAUCUAAUAAGAAUGACUUUAAUUGUACAGACAGCUAAUCAUUUGAAUCUUUAUUUAUUAAAUAUGGAUAACUUUCACCUCUCACACCUUCAUUGAUUACAGAUAAAUUAUUUAUUUAAUAAAAAAUGGAGAAUGAUCACUAAAAUAAUCUUUAAAUUGUAAAUCUAAAAAUGAUAAUUGAAGCACGAAUUAAAGAAGAUUUAGAAUUUUCGAAAGCUUUUUAGAAAAAGAAGAAAUGUAUUUGUUAAACUCUGUUAUCAGUUGAUGAUGAAAUUUUUAAUUAGAAAUCCAUUCAAAUUUUAUUGGCCAAAUUAGGAUUUGACGUAAUAUUAGUAUAAUUUUAUAAAAUAUAAAUUAAGGCAUUUAAUGGAGCUGAGGCCAUUAAAAUUGUCGAAGAAGCCAUUCCUUGUGGUCCAAAAUGCUAAUUAUUCACUCUAAUAUUGAUGGACUAUUAAAUGCCUAUAAUGGAUGGAUGUACUGCAACUGCAAAGUUAGUUGAAAUGAUGAAUUAAAAUAUUAUUCCAAAAAUACACAUAAUUGGAUUAACAGCUUUUACUAACGCUACUGAUAUUUCAAAUUGUAUUAAAGCAGGUAUGAGUGAUGUCCUACAAAAACCUUUAAAUUUGAAAGAAUUGAAAGAGAUUUUGAUUCUUGUUUGA